AUGGUUAACAAGCCCAUGCGGUGCGAGAGCAAGGCCGCCGAGAGCGCGUCCGCACGUCUCUGCGCUCGCCAUGAAGACACUCGUGUCUUCAAAGAGUAUGAGCUCGGUGUCUCAUACUCUCCUGAUACGGAAGAUGGAUCUGUAUGGACGGCGAUCGAAUCCAAGCCGCCUGCCAAGAGUGGCAUGGAUGAUGCUACGCGUCGUAGCAUAUUUGAUUCAUCUGACGAAUAA